CUAGAAACAUUUCAGUGAAACCAAAGUGCCUUACUUUGCUAUAUCAGAUCUAUUUCAGUAAUAUCUGUUAUGCUGUCUUCUUUCAGACUUCAGAGUCAAAAAAUAUGUUCUUCCUGUCUAGAGCUUUCUUUCGGAGGUCCUCGAGCCCUCCUGUAUGGUUUUUCUUCACAUUUAUGAUCAGGCUAAUCACUUUUUCAAGUCCCUUUGUUAUAGUCACACACGAAUAUAUGAGGUAUGUCAGUCUUUUGUACGAGAAUUAAUGCCUUAUGUGUGCCCUUUUCUUUCUAUGUUUCUUCUAUUUGCUCAUGCCUCCUACAAUCCUAUUGCAAUCUUCCCUUAGAUGAUUCUUUAUAUAAUCUUCUGAUGUUAUAGUCAUACUAUUCUAAGAUAUUUUAAAACCAUAAUACUCAUUCUUAUGAUCCAGUGUGUUAUUAAGAAUGGAGUUGAUAGAUUAAUUGAUUAUUAUGAAGUCCAAGUUAAUGAAGGGGCUAUACUACAAUAUCGGCAAGGAAGCGUAUUGUUUUUGAUGUUAAAUUACAAUUGAGUGCUGAUGAUUAAUGUAGUAUAUAAUCAAAUCAGUAACUGGUUAAGUUCUUUGGUUGGUUUGAUGAGUUUGUUGGUAUCUUUAGAUGAUAUAGAUUAAUAAAGGUGAAUUUCAUAUGAUGGUUCUAGUAUUUUCGGUCCGUUUAAAGAGAGAACAGUGUUUGUAUUAUGAUUUUGAGAAAUAUCUGCUACUACCCUUUAUUUUAUUAAUAAUCAUGUUGAAAAGUGUUUGAAGUAUUACUUAUUAGAUUUUUCUCCUUAAUUACUUUAAUUUCAAGUUAUCCUCUUAUUUUCUGUGGUUUAAUUUUUUUUUUUUUUCUUAUGCAAAGUUUUUGAAGUUGAUCCUAGCCUCUAAGAGCAGCAGCAUCGGGACCUUUCCCAAUCCUUUUAGGACCCUUUAGUCAAUCCUGAUGAAUGUUGUGUGUUGGGAAAGGAUCCUCUUAAAAAGAGGAAUGACCCAUUUCCUUUCUGGUAAAAGGAAGCUUACCUCGUCCCUUGUGCAAAAUUACACAUUAAAAUAUUCAACAACUCACGCGUGCUGCAAUCUCCAACGGCUAGUUCCUUUUUUUUUUUCAAUUUUUUGUCAUACUUCAUUCCGACAAGUGGCAGCAUCUUAUUGGCUUUGAUUUUUUUUUGCUCCAAAAUAUUAUAACGGCUAUAAUUUGCAAACGGUAACUUAUUUUUGAAAUCCGAAAACACCAAUGGUCAUAAAAUUUUUUUGUCUAUAAAAUGAGUAUAAAUUUGCUAUAUUUUCACAAAAUUUCAGUUUCACUUGUACAAUACUCUUAAACACAAAAUUAUUCUAAUCUCCAUAUUUUCAAGUUUAUUUUUCUCCAUUUCACUUCCAAUUUCUUAGAGUCUUCAAUAUGGAUCGUAAUAAUUCUAAUUACGGUCGUAACCCGAAUUUUCCUAACAAUUCAAACUUUCAAUUUAACCAAUCUAAUCCUCCUGUUGACCCUAAUCUGUUGAGUAAUCCUCAAAUUCAAGCUGUAUUUUUUCAAUGGUGUAGUAGUAGUCAACCAAGACCAACAAAUUUCAAUAAUAUUCCACCAAUACAACCAAAUUUACCUCAUAAUUCCCAAUCCUAUCAACAAGCUUUUGGUAAUACCCCUUUUUUCCCUAUAUCAGAACAUUUAACUCAAAAUAUGAAUCAAUCUCCAGGUGGAGUUUGUAGUAGCAAUGCUACUCCAAUAGAGUUAAGUGGUGAACAUGUUGAAGAAUUAGCGGGAUAUCGUAUUUCGAAUAUCCUAUUUUUGUCUAUUUAAAGUACAUGAUUUCUAUCUUCUAGUGUCACAAACAAACACACCAAAAAUAAAACACCAAACACAAUAUGAGCUUAGAUUCAAUCUCUUCAAGUUCUUCAAGCUCUUCCUCCUCAAGUAUAACUGAUAAAAUUUAUGAUCACAUGGUCAUGAAUUUUAUAAAUGAGAGUCAACGUUUAGUUGCGAUGCAAAAUUCAGUGCUUAAUUCAUUACAACCUGAAAAGCAAAAACGUCCGAGAAAACGAAGGGUAACUGUGCCUAGAAAUCGUGAAGCGGCUCACGACAAUCUAGUUGCAGAUUACUUUAGUAAUCAACCGGUAUACAAUGAUACCGUAUUUCGAAGGAGGUUUCGUAUGAGGAGACCCCUGUUCCUUCGCAUUGUGGACACAUUAAGUGCAAGUAAUCGCUAUUUCCAACAACGUCCUGAUGCUACCAUGCGUCUUGGUGCUUCACCCCUUAAAAAAUGCACCGCGGCUAUACGUAUGUUAGCUUAUGGUUGUUCAGCUGAUCAAGUAGAUGAAUAUCUAAAGCUUGGUGAAAGUACUGCUAAAGAAUGUCUUUCACAAUUUGUCGAUGGAGUUAUUGCUCAGUUUGCAACUGAGUACCUCCGCAAGCCAACUAUGGAAGAUAUCCAGCGUCUUCUAAGAGAAGGGGAGGAUAGAAACUUCCCCGCCAUGCUAGGAAGCAUUGAUUGCAUGCAUUGGGUAUGGAAAAAUUGUCCAGCUGGAUGGAAAGGAAUGUAUCAAGGCCGAUCUAAAACGGCCACUGUUAUCUUGGAAGCGGUUGCAUCUAGGGAUUUAUGGAUUUGGCACGCCUUCUUUGAGACUCCUGGGUCGUGCAACGAUAUUAAUGUACUACAACGUUCUCCUGUGUUUGAUGAUAUAAUAAAUAAUCGUGCUCCACAAGUUCUGUUCACAGUUAAUGGAAAUACUUACACAAAAGGAUACUAUCUCACCGAUGGGAUUUAUCCAAAGUGGUCGACAUUUAUAGAUGCGGUUACUGCCCCUCAAACAGCUAAGGAUACGUUAUUUACUGAACGUCAAGAGAGUGCGAGAAAGGAUGUUGAGCGUGCUUUUGGUGUGUUACAUGCUCGUUUCGCAAUAAUCAGGAAGCCUGCUUUGGCAUGGAGUGUAGAUCUGUUGUGGAAAAUUAUGAUGACUUGCAUCAUUAUCCACAACAUGAUUGAUGAAGACGAGCGUGAUACAUAUUUAAAUUAUAAGGAUCCACCCGAGUUUGCCGAUGAACAGCCUGAGAAUAUGCCGGGGUCGUCCUCAACUAGGAAUGCAACAACAUUCACUGUAACUCUCGGACAGUAUGAUCCAGAUAAUUUCGGUAGAUUGAUAGCUUCGAGAGGGGAAAUUCGUGAUAGAGACGUCCAUAUGGCUUUGAAGAACGGCUUGAUCGAGCAUUUAUGGGCACAGUCUAUGAGGUCCGAUGAAAAUUAAACAUUUCAGUUAUUUUUAAACUUAUGUUUGUUAUUUUCUUUGCUAUUUAUCAACGUAAUUCAUGUUUUUUUUAUUCGUGUCGUUUAAUCAAUGUAUUUCAUGUUUUUAAUCAAUGAAUUUUAUGUUUUUGAA